AUGGACAGAGAGUCGGUCUACACAUUGAGCGUCUUUCCCGAGGACCGCAGUCAGACGGGCGAAGACUCUCGCGGCGCCACACAAGAAGCUCUCGUCGACUUCAUCCUGGACUUCUACCUCCAAGGUAGCAAUGUCUACCCUUACAGAGACCAGCUCCGCGAGAAUGUCCUGGCCAAGCGAUACUACUGCGACGUCGACAUUGCCCACUUGACCACCUACAACGAGGAGCUCGCCCACCGCCUCAACAACGAGCCCGCCGACAUGAUCCCGCUGUUCGAAGCCGCCAUCAAGCACUGCGCCCAACGCAUCGUCUAUCCCUCGCAGCGCAACAUCCAGCUGCCCGCCCACCAGCUCCUGCUCCACUCGUCCAUUACUCAGACCCUGAUCCGUGGUCUGACAGCCACCCACGUCUCUCACCUAGUCCGCAUCCCUGGAAUCGUCAUUGGAGCCAGCACCCUCUCCUCCAAAGCUACAGUCUUGCAUAUUCAAUGCCGCAACUGCCAGCACUCGCAAAACAUCUCAGUUCUCGGUGGCUUUUCCGGUCUUACCCUGCCCCGUACAUGCGCUCGGUCCACACAACCUGGUGAAGACUCGGCAAAAUGCNCCCUGGAUCCCUACUUUGUCGUCCACGAAAAGUGCCAAUUCAUCGAUCAACAGGUCAUCAAGCUGCAGGAAGCUCCCGAUGAUGUUCCUGUCGGUGAAUUGCCUCGUCACAUCCACAUCUCGGCUGACCGCUACCUGACGAAUCGUGUCGUCCCUGGUUCGCGAUGCACUGUUAUGGGUGUUUUCAGCACAUACCAGUCAAAAUCAAAAGGCUCAGGAGCCGCCGUCGCCAUCCGCACCCCGUAUCUCCGCGCCGUUGGUAUCCAGACCGACGUGGAUCACACAACCAAAGGUGGUGCCCACUUCACCGACGAGGAGGAACAAGAGUUUCUUGAGAUGAGCAGGAGGCCCGACCUAUACGAACGCUUUGCCGAAUGUAUCGCCCCGUCCAUCUACGGCAACAACGACAUCAAGAAGGCCAUUACCUGCUUGCUCAUGGGUGGUAGUAAGAAGAUUCUACCUGACGGUAUGAAGCUUCGCGGUGACAUUAACGUCCUGCUUCUUGGUGACCCUGGUACCGCCAAAUCACAACUCCUCAAGUUUGUCGAGAAAGCUGCUCCCAUUGCCAUCUACACUUCUGGUAAAGGUUCCUCCGCAGCUGGUUUGACCGCCUCGGUACAGCGCGACCAAAACUCCCGUGAGUUCUACCUGGAAGGUGGUGCUAUGGUAUUAGCAGAUGGUGGUGUAGUCUGUAUCGAUGAGUUCGACAAGAUGCGAGACGAAGAUCGUGUCGCCAUCCACGAAGCCAUGGAACAACAAACCAUCUCGAUUGCUAAGGCCGGUAUCACAACAAUCCUUAACGCUCGUACCUCUGUCCUCGCAGCUGCCAACCCUAUUUUCGGACGCUACGAUGAUCUCAAAUCUCCCGGCGAGAACAUCGACUUCCAGACGACCAUUCUCAGUAGAUUCGAUCUCAUCUUCAUUGUCAAGGAUGAGCACGAUCGUAACCGUGACGAGCGCAUCGCAAAGCACGUCAUGGGCAUCCACAUGGGCGGCAACGGUAACCAAGACCAACAACAAGCAGCUGCAUCGAUCCCCGUCGAAAAAAUGAAGCGCUACAUUAGCUACUGCAAGACUCGUUGCGCGCCCCGUCUGUCACCCGAAGCUGCUGAGAAGCUGUCCUCGCACUUUGUCAGUAUCAGAAGACAAGUCGCCCAGGCCGAAGCAUCUGCCAACCAGCGUUCGAGUAUUCCCAUCACUGUUAGACAGCUAGAGUCACUCGUUCGCAUCACCGAAGCCUUGGCCAAGAUCUCUCUAGCCCCAAUCGCCACAGAACACCAUGUCGACGAAGCCAUCCGUCUCUUCCUGGGAAGUACCAUGGAUGCCGUCCUCUCACAAAACGGUGAAUCCAACGCUGCAAAUGCCGCCGGCAUCUCGGGCAAUCGUGAGCUCGUUGACGAAAUCUCCAGAGUCGAAGACGAGUUGCGAAAGCGUCUGCCCAUUGGCUACACGGCGAGCUUGGCCACCCUGAGGCGCGAGUUUGUGGACAGGAAGAAGUUCUCCGAACAAGCUCUCAACAGAGCCCUCUGGGCACUGCAGAAGAGAGACAGCGUGCAACUUCGCAAGGGCGGUGGUCAAGUGUACAGAAGCGGUGUCUAA